UAUUUUGAAGAUUCUAAAGUCAAAAAUAUAUUUUGAUUUGUUUAACACUUUUUUGGUUAGUUUAUUUUAAUUCUGUAUAACCUUCCUUUAACUAGGCAAGUCAAUUAAUAACAUUUUUUUUUACAAUGAAGGCCUACCAGAAGGCAAAAGGCCUUCUGUGGGGAUGGGGGCUGGGACAAAAAUAUCAAAUAGAUAUAUAUAGGACAAAACACACAUCACGACAAGAGAGACAACACAGCAUGACAGCAACACAUAAAAUGCAGCAUUGUACAAACACAACACGACAACAACAUGGUAGCAACACAACAUGGCAGCAGCACAAAACCUAGUACAAACAUUAUUGGGCACAGACAACAGCACAAAGGGCAAGAAGGUAGAGACAACAAUACAUCACGCGAAGCAGCCACAACUGUCAGUAAGAGUGUCCAUGAUUGAGUCUUUGAAUGAAGAGAUAAAACUGUCCAGUUUGAGUGUUUUGCAGCUCUUUCCAGUCGCUAGCUGCAGCGAACUGAAAAGAGGAGCGACCCAGGGAUGUGUGUGCUUUGGGGACCUUUAACAGAAUAUGACUGGCAGAACGGGUGUUGUAUGUGGAGGAUGAGGGCUGCAGUAGAUAUCUCAGAUAGGGGGAAGUGAGGCCUAAGAGGGUUUUAUAAAAAGCAUCAACCAGUGGGUCUUGCGACGGGUAUACAGAGAUGACCAGUUUACAGAGGAGUAUAGAGUGCAGUGAUGUGUCCUAUAAGGAGCAUUGGUGGCAAAUCUGAUGGCCGAAAACAAAGAACGUCUAGCCGCUCGAGAGCACCCUUACCUGCCAAUCUAUAAAUUACGUAUCCGUAAUCUAGCAUGGGUAGAAUGGUAAUCUGAAUCAGGGUAAGUUUGGCAGCUGUGGUUAACCUUUUAUGGGGGCAGCCCGACACCGGUACAUUUAUGACAACAUCCAGCUCAAAGUGCACGGCGCGAAAUUCAAAAUCUAUUUUUUUUUAAUAUUUAACUUUCACACAUUAACAAGUCCAAGACACCAGAUGAAAGGUGCACAUCUUGUGAAUCAAGCCAAUAUGUCCGAUUUUUAAAAUGUUUUACAGGGAAGACAAAAUAUGUAAAUCUAUUAGCUAACCACGUUAGCAAAAGACACAACUUUUUCUAACUCCAUCAGUUUCUUACUCCAUCAGGUGCUAUCACAAAUUCGACCAAAUAAAGAUAUAAAUAGCCACUAACCAAGAAACAAACUCAUCAGAUGACAGUCUGAUAACAUAUUUAUUGUAUAGCAUAUGUUUUGUUCGAAAAAUUUGCAUAUUUCAUGUAUAAACCAUAGUUUACAUUUCAGCUACAAUCCGAAAUUGCACCAAAAGCAGCCAUAAUAUUUACAGACACCAACGUCAAAUAGCUAAUUACUCAUCAUAAAACAUUUCUGAAAAAUACAUAGUCUGCAGCAAUUGAAAGACAGGCAUCUUGUGAUUCCAAACAAUAUUUCCGAUUUAUUAAAUGUUUUACAGCGCAAACAAAAUGUAUCGCUAUAUUAGCGUAGCUACAAUAGACAGAAAUAAUUGGGCGCCCACGGCCAGUUCACAUGCACGACAGAUAUAUGAAAUAACAUCAUAAAAUUUGUCUUACUUUUGCUGAUCUUUCAUCAGAAUGUUGAAGAACGUGUCCUCUGUCCAGAUGAGUCGUUGUUUCGAUUCAGAAUGGCAAAUGUCCCUCUUCAAUUAGCAUUGGCACUAGCGUAGUGGCAUAAAAUCUCCAACGUAAACACAGUCAGAGGACGGAACACGGCAAAACUCCCGAAUAAAGUUUCAAUAAUGUGAUUAAACUAUAUUGAAAAAACAUACAUUACGAUGAUAUGGUCACAUGUAUCAAAAAAAAUUCGAGCCGGAGACGUUAGCCGUUCGUUACCAAGGCAAAACAGAAGUCCAUCCCACUUCCUCCAGAGUACCGGAAGUGGACGGUCAGGACAAAGAAAUAGGUUUUUUUCCACCACAGAACAAGAUGAGCAGAAAAAUUUAUUCUCUGACAUCCUCUUUACACCAAUAGGAAGGCGUAUAGAUUGUCAGCAGACUCCUAAGUGUUAAGACCAUGUAUAGGCAUCAAAUUGAUAAGAGCAUCGAUUUGUGACAUUUUACUUCCUGGUCAGGAAAAGUGCUGCAGAAGGACUUCUGUUUCACUCAGAGAAAUAAUUCCAACUCUUUUAGAAACUAGAAAGUGUUUUCUAUCCAAAAAUAAUAAUAAUAUUGUACGAUAUAUUGUAAUAUUGUACGAGCAAGAUUUGAGUAGGAGGCCGUUUGAAAUGGGCACGAUUUCACUGGCUACUCAACACUUUGCCUUGCAGCCAUAAGAAGUUUUAAAGAGGAGUGAUUACGAUAGAGGAAACCAAGUCUAGAUUUAACUUUAGCCUGCAGCUCUGAUAUGUGCUUAAAGAAGGAGAUUGUACCGUCUAGCCAUAUUUCCCAAAAAUUGUAUAAGGUGACUACCUCAAGCUCUAAACCCUCAAAGGUAGUAAUCACACAGGUGGGGAAAGGGGCAUUCUUCUUACCAAACCACAUGACCUUUGUUUUGGAGGUGUUCAGAACAAGGUUGAGGGCAGAGAAAGCUUGUUGGACGCUAAGAAAGCUUUGUUUUGGAGGUGUUCAGAACAAGGUUGAGGGCAGAGAAAGCUUGUUGGACGCUAAAAAAGCUUUGUUUUGGAGGUGUUCAGAACAAGGUUGAGGGCAGAGAAAGCUUGUUGGACGCUAAAAAAGCUUUGUUUUGGAGGUGUUCAGAACAAGGUUGAGGGCAGAGAAAGCUUGUUGGACGCUAAGAAAGCCUUGUUGUAGAGCGUUUAACACAAAAUCCGGGGAGGGGCCAGCUGAGUAAAAGACUGUAUCAUCUGCAUAUAAAUGGAUGAGAGAGCUUCCUACUGCUUGAGCUAUGUUGUUGAUGUAAAUUGAGAAGAGCGUGGGGCCUAGGAUCGAGCCUUGGGGUACUCCCUUGGUGAUAGGCAGUGGCUGAGAUAUCAGAUGUUCUGACUUUAUACACUGCACUCUUUGAGAGAGGUAGUUAGCAAAGCAGGCGAAAGACCCCUCAAAGACACCAAUACUCCUUAGCCGGCCCACAAGAAUGGAAUGGUCUACUGUACCAAAAGGUUUGGCCAAGUCAAUAAAAAUAGCAGCACAUUGCUUAGAAUGAAGUGCAAUGGUGACAUCAUUGAGGACCUUUAAGGUUGCAGUGACACAUCCAUGACCUGAGCAGAAACCAGAUUGCAUACCUGAGGGAAUACAUAUAGACAUUAUGAAAGCCAGUCAGUUGAUUAUUGACAAGUUUUUCCAACACUUUUGAUAAAAAGGGCAAAAUAGAAAUUGGCCUAUAACAGUUAGGAUCAGCUUGAUCUCCCCCUUUAAAUAAAGGACGCACCAUGGCUGCCUUCCAGGCAAUGGGAACUUCCCCAGAAAGGAGAGACAGGUUAAUAAGGUCAGAGACAGGCUUGGUGAUGAUAUGGGCAUUAACAAAGAAAGAGUCUUUUUGGGGUUUAAGGAGCUCCUUUAGCACCUCAGACUCAGUGACACCUCGGACUUACUAUACGAUUCCAUAUGUGUUAUUUCAUAGUCUUGGUGUCUCCACUGUUAUUCACCAAUGUAGAAAAAAGACAAAUAAAGAAAAACCCUUUAAUUAGUAGGUGUGUCCAAACUUUUGACUGGUACUCUAUGUGAUGCACAUGGGUAAUUAGGGAGAUUACUGUGUGUGUUUGGGAAUAGUACUAAAUGAAUGUGGAUGUGAAAGUUGUGUGAGUGGAAAGGAUGUGUUAAGCUGAUUGAAAUGUUGAUAAUAAGCAGAUUGAUUGAAUCUUGGAUAAUAAGCAGAUUGAUUGAAUCUUGGAUAAUAAGGUGUUUGAUUAAAUCUUGGAUAAUAAACAGAUUGAUUGAAUCUUGGAUAAUAAGGUGUUUGAUUAAAUCUUGGAUAAUAAGCAGAUUGAUUGAAUCUUGGAUAAUAAGCUGCUUGAUUGGAUCUUGGAUAAUAAGGUGAUUGAUUGAAGCUUGGAUAAUAAGCUGCUUGAUUGGAUCUUGGAUAAUAAACAGAUUGAUUGAAUCUUGGAUAAUAAGGUGAUUGAAAUUUGAAUAAUGUGAGAAUUGAAAUGUAGCUUAGUGACAGCUGUCAGGGGACUAGAAAGAGGUGAAUAAAUACCCCAUCUAGUUCUGUGUGAGCUGAGUUUGGUUUUCCAGUUCUGUGUGAGCUGAGUUUGGUCUUCCAGUUCUGUGUGAGCCGAGAUUGGUUUUCCAGUUCUGUGUGAGCUGAGUUUGGUUUUCCAGGUCUGUGUGAGCUGAGUUUGGUUUUCCAGUUCUGUGUGAGCGGAGUUUGGUUUUCCAGGUCUGUGUGAGCUGAGUUUGGUUUUCCAGGUCUGUGUGAGCUGAGUUUGGUUUCCCAGUUCUAUGUGAGUGGAGUUUGGUUUUCCAGGUCUGUGUGAGCUGAGUUUGGUUUUCCAGGUCUGUUAGAUCUGAGUGUUUCGAUCCCUAACAUGAUUUAAGUUUAUCUAGGGGUUCCGUCAACCAACGCCCAUCCUAGUCUGGUACCACUAGCACAAGGUGUUAUUAUAUACAGUCAGAAGUUUACAUACACCUUAGCCAAAUACAUGUAAACACAGUUUUUCACAAUUCCUGACAUUUAAUCCUAGUAAAAAUGUCCUGUCUUAGGUCAGAUAGGAUCACCACUUCAUUUUAAGAAUGUGAAAUGUCAGAAUAAUAUUAGAGUGAAUGAUUUAUUUCAGCUUUUAUUUCUUUCAUCACAUUCCCAGUGGGUCAGAAGAUAACAUGAACUCAAAUAGUAUUUGAUAGCAUUGCCUUUAAAAUUGUUUAACUUAGGUCAAACGUUUCGGGUAGCCUUCCACAAGCUUCCCACAAUAAGUUGGGUGAAUUUUGGCCCAUUGCUCCUGACAGAGCUGGUGUAACUUGCUCGCACAAGCUUUUUCAGUUCUGCCCACAAAUUUUCUAUAGGUUUGAGGUCAGGGCUUUGUGAUGGCCACUCCAAUACCUUGACUUUGUUGUUCUUAAGCCAUUUUGCCACAACUUUGGAAGUAUGCUUUGGGUCAUUGUCCAUUUGGAAGACCCAUUUGCGACCAGGCUUUAACUUCCUGACUGAUGUCUUAAGAUGUUGCUUCAAUAUAUCCACAUAAUUUUCCUACCUCAUGAUGCCAUCUAUUUUGUGAAGUGCACCAGUCCCUCCUGCAGCAAAGCACCCCCACAACAUGAUGCUGCCACCCCCGUGCUUCAUGGUUGGGAUGGUGAUCUUUGGUUUGCAAGCAUCCCCCUUUUUUCUCCAAACAUAACAAUGGUCAUUGUGGCCAAAAAGUUAUAUUUUUGUUUCAUCAGACCAGAGGACAUUUCUCCACAAAGUACGGUCUUUGUCCCCAUGUGCAGUUGCAAACCGUAGUCUGGCUUUUUUUAUGGUGGUUUUGGAGCAGUGGCCUCUUCCUUGCUGAAUGGCUUUUCAGGUUAUGUCGAUAUAGGACUUGUUUUACUGUGGAUAUAGAUACUUUCAAGACUAGUCAUUCAACUGAGACUGCUCUUCUCUGUGUCAUGGAGGCGCUCCGCACUGCUAAAGCUAACUCUCUCUCCUCUGCUCUCAUCCUUCUAGACCUAUCGGCUGCCUUUGAUACUGUGAACCAUCAGAUCCUCCUCUCCACCCUCUCCGAGUUGGGCAUCUCCGGCGCGGCCCACGCUUGGAUUGCGUCCUACCUGACAGGUCGCUCCUACCAGGUGGCGAAUCGCAUCUCUGCAUGUCUGGCAGACAUAUCAGUGUGUAUGACGGAUCACCACCUCAAGCUGAACCUCGGCAAGACGGAGCUGCUCUUCCUCCCGGGGAAGGACUGCCCGUUCCAUUAUCUCGCCAUCACGGUUGACAACUCCAUUGUGUCCUCCUCCCAGAGCGCUAAGAACCUUGGCGUGAUCCUGGACAACACCCUGUCGUUCUCAACUAACAUCAAGGCGGUGGCCCGUUCCUGUAGGUUCAUGCUCUACAACAUCCGCAGAGUACGACCCUGCCUCACACAGGAAGCGGCGCAGGUCCUAAUCCAGGCACUUGUCAUCUCCCGUCUGGAUUACUGCAACUCGCUGUUGGCUGGGCUCCCUGCCUGUGCCAUUAAACCCCUACAACUCAUCCAGAAUGCCGCAGCCCGUCUGGUGUUCAACCUUCCCAAGUUCUCUCACGUCACCCCGCUCCUCCGCUCUCUCCACUGGCUUCCAGUUGAAGCUCGCAUCCGCUACAAGACCAUGGUGUUUGCCUACGGAGCUGUGAGGGGAACGGCACCUCCGUAGCUUCAGGCUCUGAUCAGGCCCUACACCCAAACAAGGGCACUGCGUUCAUCCACCUCUGGCCUGCUCGCCUCCCUACCUCUGAGGAAGUACAGUUCCCGCUCAGCCCAGUCAAAACUGUUCGCUGCUCUGGCACCCCAAUGGUGGAACAAACUCCCUCACGACGCCAGGACAGCAGAGUCAAUCACCACCUUCCGGAGACACCUGAAACCCCACCUCUUUAAGGAAUACCUAGGAUAGGAUAAAGUAAUCCUUCUAACCCCCCCCCCCCCCUUAAAAGAUUUAGAUGCACUAUUGUAAAGUGUCUGUUCCACUGGAUAUCAUAAGGUGAAUGCACCAAUUUGUAUGUCGCUCUGGAUAAGAGCGUCUGCUAAAUGACUUAAAUGUAAUGUAACCUCUGUUCUGACUUUCUGGUGAGGCCUGAUCACCCUUACUAGAAAGGCUAAGAAUAUUGGAUGACAUUUAAAUGUAAUAUGGAAACACUAAUAAUUAGAAAGAAGUUAUAAUUUAUCACCAGCCCUAUGAGUGAUUCAGACCACAAGAAGGACAGAGAGAGAGCGCUGUCCCUGAGUGAGAGACACUUGUCUCUAUUGUCCUUUUUUUGGACGCAUGAAUCCCAAUGUGAGUCAUUUGUCCCCUGUGGCCCUUUGGUAAAUAUGCAACUAUAUUUUCUUCACAUGCCUGUAAAAGGAAAAAGUGUAUGUUACUCCAAAUAGAUUGACGGUUUCCCGACCUCUAGAUUUAUAUGAAGAUGGGUAUUGUGUUGUUAGUUUUUGGCUUCAAUGCAAAUCUCACCAGAUUGGGUCCGAUGGAUGGUCGGAAUUUCUCCAUAAGGAUUAGUCCUCUGACUCCCAGACCCUACAACCCUGCAGUGAGAUUGCCAAGAUGAUAGGGCAGUUUAAAACAAUUUGGGGGGGGAAAAAAUGUUUUCAACUUUGUGUUGAUAUUCUCUUUGACAUUUGUCUUAGUCUUUUGUAUUAAAAUAUUGGUUGUAACAAUAAUUUGCCAUACAGUGAAUCAUUUGUCAUACAGUAAAUAAUUUGUCUGGAUUUCCUGAAUCAGAAAUGCCCUAAAUAUAUAUAUAUAUAUAUAUAUAAAAAUCUCUCUCUCUCUCUCUCUCCCCAAGGUUUUAUGACUUAACGACAGGUCCUAAAUUUCUGGAAGGGACCCUCUCCCACUAUGGGGAGAGAGGAUUUCACAGUGGAACAACGAGCUUCUCUUUUUUCAAAUCCUAAUCCCCAAAAUUGGUGGAUUAAACAAUAUUUAUAUUUUUGAGAAUGUGGGAAUUGUCCAUGGACAAAUAAGGGACAGUUAUGGCGAAUGUGUUUCAUAUGGUGAUCUCAUGAAGGACAGGAAACACACAACACACAAAAUAAUUUCAGUUUUGCGCUGCACUCAAUAUAAGCAGUGGCCUGAAGAUUGAAAUGGGACAUGACACUUUCUAGCGGACCAAACUAAUGCACAGUACACUGUGGCCUGAGCCAGUUAUCACUUUUGUUUUCUAUUCUUUUUAAAAACGUUUUUUUAAUUAAGUAUCUCUUAAAGUGUACAUUUCCCAGCUGUCAGGUUAUUAUCUAAAUAUUGUGAAACGUAUGUGAUUAAACAUGAAACUAUUUGUGAAAAGAUGUAAUGUGAUGUUAACCUUCUAAAUUGAGAAAAUCUCGGUUUUCAUAUAAAGUUAACCAAGGCAGUAAGCACGCCCACGUGAGCAUAGACAUUACGUUAGCGUCAUAGACCGGCCCUUUUCUACACAAGUACAAGAGCCCCGUGACGCAACGCAAACCACAGUGUAAGCUAAGGUUACAAAUGGUUGAAUUACUAAGACCAGAAAACAUGCAGCUGAAGCUACAUGUGGAAUUGUUUAACCUGUCUAGGAUCAGCGU